AUGGAUCAUGACCUGCUCGACAACCUCCUGGACCUGGAGGAGCGGUUUUACAAAGAGGGCUACGAGCUGGGAGCCACAGACGGGAUACGGUCUGGCUACAGUGAGGGCAGCGUCUUCGCCGUGGAGAAAGGCUUCGAGAAGUUCCAGGAAAUAGGCAGGAUAUACGGCAAAGCUAUCGUCUGGACCAAAAGAUUGCCGGGAAACCAUGGUCUCCUCCUACAACCGCCAGCAACUUCAUCAGCAACAUCUCCUCCACCAAACACCAUCAGCAGAAUCUUUUCCUUCUCCGGCGAAGCACAGGGCUCCGGUCAGGAAAAUAAGGAAGUAGAUAUCCCCGAUUCCGGCAUCACAAACGCACGCAUCUCCCAAUUGCCCUCCUUGGCCCCACUACCCCGCAACUCCCGCCUCGAGAAGCACAUCGCCAGCCUCCUCUCUCUCGUCGACCCGCUGAGCCUCUCCUUGGAAAACUCGGAAGACGCCGUCGAGGACUUUGACAAUCGGCUGAAAAAAGCCGUAGUGAAGGUUAAAUUGAUUGAGAGGAUACUGGGCGAGCAGGAUGCCUUCGACGGCUCAUCCGUUGACAACAAGAAUUCUCGGGAAGGAAAUCGCCCUGCCGACGGAGAUAACAUUGAAGAUUUCGGGACGUUGCCGGCGAGGAUGCAGCAGAUUGCUGCUCCUUUUUCUCUAUGUCUGAAGGGAAAAGCCGUUAGCAGAGGUGGCACCUCGGUAAAUAAAAUCGGUUCCGAUGCCAGCGAGAAUUGGCUUCUGCAUGCGUACGUCGGGAUAGGCCUGAAGAACGGAGCAAAAGGAAAGAUCCUAGCGCAAACAUGUACUCGCGCCUGGGAACUCUACCCUAAACUCCUGACCGCCAUCGCAAACGCCCCCUCCCUCGUUGCAUGCCCCCCGAUAAAGCCAGUCGCAUGCACAAAGACCGCACCUGGAGGCACCACCACACUCGUUUCCUCGCUCGCCAACAAUUUAUCCAGAUCCCCAUCCCUGAUCCCACACCACGCCUCCGGUAACGGCCUCCUCGACUCGAAACUUGUAUCUGUAACGGGUACACACUGCACCCGCCACUUAGCCUCCGGCGCUGUCGACUCAGGAUACAGCACGGAGCCACGAAGCACUCGCAACGCGCAGUUUGCGCAGGAAGGCGUCGCCAAUGAACUUACUAGCGUUCUCGAACAGCGCGUCUUCGUCCUGCGGUCCCGUGGCGGUGGCUACGUCCGGGUGGUCCGGCGGGAGGGAGGUGUGUUGGGCGAUGAUGGCUUUGCCAAAGUGGAGGUAGAUAAGGCCGGCGGAGGAGAGCUUUGUGGAAUGCUGGGGGAACGUGGCUGUGAAUGUUCGUUGGUGGUGGUCGUAGCGGUUGCGGGAGGGGUCGUAUUCGCCGCCGACGUCGACGACGGUGUGGCAGGUGGCGAGGAGGGAUGGGUCGCGGGUGCGGACGAGGGGGGAGGAGGUGUAUGUGGGUAG